GACUACAGGGCGUCUACGUGCCUAGAGUGCCCGAGAUUGUCGUCUGCUUUAAGCACCGAAAGGGAGAUAACACGUUGGCGCCAUCAUCUGUGUGAUUUAAUUCACGUUUCGAUUUCAAGCAUGUCCGCAGACGUACGGUCAUUGGGAAAAUCUGGGCAUUCAUUUACAAACUGGGCCACCACUUACUCAUGUGAACCUGAACUGUACUUCGAACCUGAAACUACUGAAGAGAUAAAGCAGGUACUGUCAUUUGCACAAGAAAAAGGCAAGAAGGUAAAAGUUGUUGGAAAUGGUCAUUCUCCUUCAGACCUGGCAUGCACAACAGACUACAUGAUAUCACUUAAGCACUACAACCAAGUACUAAAGGUUGAUGGUGUGAAGCUUCAGGUGACUGUCCAAGGUGGCUGCUUGAUUAAGGAUCUAAAUCAUAAAGUCUUACCUGCUCAUAAUAUGGCCUUAAGUGUAUUAGGGACAGUGUCAGAGUUAACUGUUGCUGGAGUUAUCUCAACCGGAACACACGGCACAGGAGCUAAUUAUAACAUAAUUUCUUCUUAUGUGGUAGAUAUGGACCUCAUGAAAGCAUCUGGAGAAAUCAUACACAUAUCUAAGGAAGAGAAUUCUGAACUGCUGCCUGCUGCAGUGUUAAGCCUCGGCAGUCUUGGAAUUAUCCUCAGCGUUACUCUCCAGUGUGAACCUAUGUUUAAACUUCGUCAGACACAAUACCCUGCUGAACUGCAAGAUGUUUUGGAAAAUUUGAACACAUAUGUAACCUCAAGUGAUCACUUUCGCUUCUUCUGGUUUCCUUACACUGAAAAAGUCAUUUGCUAUCAUGCUAGUCGGACAGAAGAGGAAAUCAGUGUGAAAGAAAGUUGGUUCUGGGAUAGUUUUAUUGGAUUUCAUCUCCUGCAGUUCCUGCUUUGGAUGAGCACAUUUAUUCCAGGACUUGUUCCAUUCAUCAAUAAUCUAUAUUACAGACUCAUUUAUGCCCAUCGUAAAGAACUUAUAAAUGUGAGCCACAAAGUUUUCAAUUUCAACUGCCUGUUCAGGCAGUAUGUGAUGGAAUGGGCGAUUCCAAGGGACAAGGUGGGUGUUGUUUUGACAGACCUAAAUAGAUGGAUCAGAGAAAGCAGAUUUCCUGCCCAUUUUCCUGUCGAGGUGCGCUUUGUGAAAGGAGAUGACAUUUUUCUCAGCCCUUCCUAUGGCCAAGACACAUGCUACAUAAACAUAGUCAUGUACAGACCUUAUAACAAUCUGGUGCCACAUUCUGAAUACUGGGAUGCAUUUGAGAAAAUAGUUGCUUCAGUUGGUGGCAGGCCUCACUGGGCAAAAGAUCACACUUAUGGAAACAAAGAGUUUGAGUCUCUCUAUCCUAAGUGGGGAGACUUUUGCCAUAUUCGAGAAAACUUAGAUCCCAAUGGAAUGUUUCUCAAUGCCAAUUUGGAACGAGUCUUUGGAAAGGGUAUUGCUUCAGUUAAUUUACUUAAUAAGAACUAAGCAAAGUGUUUCUUUAUUCUUUUUUUAUGUUCCAUUUAAUAAUGGUACAUUUUUGUUACCUUUGAAAAUGGAAUAUAGCACCAAAAAAAAAAGACAACUUGCACUGAGGGAAAAAGCCUCAUAUAACAUGCAGUUAGUAUGUUAUGGAACUGAUGUUUCUGACCAAAAAGAUCUGUGCAUUUUUUGGCUGUUUUUCCAGAAUAGAUCAGUCCUCGAUUGAUGCGAUGUGAGUUUUCAAUCCAGUAAUAAGUAAUUUGUUACUGAUAAACCAUCUUCAGAAUAUGCCUUAAAUCCUGUUUUGGUUGUGCUUAUUUUUCUCCUCCUUUUUUUUUUUUUUUUUUAAAUGAAAGCUUGAGUCAACAGUCAUUAUGAAGUUGAUUUGUUUUAUGCCUUUUCCUUUUCAACGAUUUUACAUCUUUUGUAAAUCAAAUCAUGUUUAAAGCGAAAAAGAGGUUAGAAGAAAUAUUGAGGUCUCCAGGUGUUAUGCAUUAUAUAUAUACACAUGCAUACCUAAAAUCUCUACAGUAAAGUUGUUUACUGCAAUUACUUAAUGAUAAACAAGAUAUAAAAUGGACAGAAUUUUUGUAUUAUCUGGAUCAUUUUUAUCCAUUUACUUUAUUCCAUGUUUUUCAAAUAUUAUCUGGAUCAUUUUUAUCCAUUUACUUUAUUCCAUGUCAUUCAAAUUAUUCUUUACAAUAUUGUUCAUCGAAUAUAAAGAGCAAAUCAAAGACAAAAAAUAUACGUAAAUGUUUAUUUACAAUUGUGUAUCAUGGGGCUCACUUUAGCCUUAUUUUUAUCAGUCAACAUACUGAAUGAUUGUCUCAUAUUGCAGACGAACAUUUUCAUCGACUUUUACUUUUAAUAAACAUUUCAGUCAUUUACAUCUAUGUUGUCUAGUCAUGGUUCAGUUGGUCAGUCAUACUUGGUGAAGAAACAUUCCUGGGGGUCAUCGGACCUUUAUUAGUGCUGAGCUACUAUGUUGAAGUUUACUGUUAAUGUAUCCACUGGUAGAAUGGAUUGAAGUUCUGUUUUCAAGUCCACUAUUGUGUAAAAAAAACCCCAAUUCUCUUAGUGCUUGAUGUCUUCAAUUUUCAGCUGCUUCUGCUGAUGUAUGCAUAUCAUUGAUAUUUGAGAAAACAUGGAAGUAACUAAAGAAGCCCAUGUGACAAGUAAAAAAAUACUAGAACUUGUGACCGUCCAUGGUGGAAACAAAAAGCUGUGAACAUUUUUAUGACUGCUGACUUGGAAUUUGAGGCUAACCUAAAUGCAUCUUCUGCUAACUUAUUGUUAAGAUGGAAUAGUGGAUAACUUGUUUUUGUUUUAGACCAGUUAUGCUUGAAGGUUGAUCUGCUGACAGUGCUUAAUACACUGACAGGUGUGAUUUACUUUGUAAUUCUGACUGCUGUUGAUUGAACAUUGAUUGACUUGAAGGUUGCAUAACAGCAGUUAUGGAUUGGGUCCAGUAUUAUUGCUAUUCAUGACCCAGUUUUACAUUGCAUACUUACAUAUUGAGUGCCAAAGAUAAUCUGUAUGAUGUAAAAUGUUUCAUAACUUAUAUAUAAAAGAUCAGAAACUGGUAGUUGAAAAAAAAAAAAGCAUGAGGCUCCA